CAAAUUUUAUGUGGUGCAUUUUGGACCAAUGCUAUUUUAGAUUUCUGUUUGAAUCUCGAAUCAUUUAAUGGAUAGACGACGCAAUAAGUUGGUUUCCGAUUCAUUAGUUUUUAGCUAGGUAAUAAGUACUUCUACUAAUAUUUUGGAAGUAAGAAACCCAAUGGUUUCCAAUGGAAAAUUCGUGAUAAAAUGUUAAUUUCCCUUGAAUAUUAUAUGUUUGUGUGACGAUUGAAAUGUGCUCAUUGAUGAACUAUAAUGUGGCUUAAGAAAGAGGAUAGUUCAGCAGGGGACAGAUGAUGAACUCAACAAAAUGGUGUUUUGAGUUCACUCAGCCUGUCAUCCAACAUUGGUAAUAAGUUUGAUACUUCUUAUUUCUUUUCAAGAUCAGUUGUUGCUCCUAGGAAUCUAUAGGAGAGUGGACAUUGUGUUGAGUUAAUCAGUUGUUGCUCUUAGUAUUUCUUUUGAUUUGCUUUAGACCUUGUUUAAAUUAAAUGUGGUGCAUUUUGGAGAAAUGCCAUUAGUUAUUGUUGUUUGAAUCUGCAAGCCUUUAACGGACAGAUUACACGACAAGCUUGUUAUCAGUUCAUUAGUUUUUAGCUAGGUGAUAAUUACUAUUGUUUUGUAGUGAGAAGUCAUGGGGAUUACGAGGGAAAAUCGUGAUAAGAUGUUAGUUUACCUCCAAUGUUUUUUCUUUGUACGAUGAAUGAAACGUGCUCAUAAUAGAAGUGUAGUGUGGCCUAAGAAGGAUAGUUUAGCAGAGAGAAAUGACAGGCUCGGUAAAUAGUGGUGUUACUCUGGUGAGUUCAUCCACUUAGUAAUGGAACUAGGAACUAAAUCUGACGUUUCUUGUCAGGAUCACUUGAUGUUCCCACCAAUUUUACAAGAGAGUGAAUAUUGUGAUGAGUUAGGCUAUGUUUUCUUUACCUUAUUCUUAUUGCUUAUUACUUAUUGUUUUUAAAAUCAGACCCGAAAAAUUCAGACCAAACCAGAAAAUUCAGACCAGACCAUUGACCAGAAAAAGGAAAAAAAACACUCACAAAAAACAUUCAGACUAGAGCAAAAACAGGAAGAAUCAGACCAGACUAGACUAGAAAAAUCAGACUAGACUAGAAAAAUCAGACUAGACCAUCAAAAGUUCUUUACUUAUUUUGAUCUAACUAAGACCUCGUUUUAAGAAACUUAUUCUGAUUAUGAGCGAAUUUUCUGAUAAAAACUAAACUACUUCCAAUUUCUCCUUUCUGUCUCUUUUUGGUGAUAUGUCCAAUUUGUAUCUCAGAUAGAAGAGCUAUAAUGUGCUGAGCGGAGAAAGAUAGUUUAACAUCUGUCUUAUUUAAUGGACAGUGGUAAAGUUGCAAUGUGGUGUUUCGACUUCAUUUAUACAGGGUUUAGUACUGUGUUUCCUACUUCUUGUCAGAGUCAAUCAUGACAAAUGACAAUGUGAUGCAUUUCUUGCAUAAGUCUGUGCAAGCUGGAACUUGAAGUUUGGUUGUAACUUCAUAGUCAUUGGAUUAUCCUUUUCACUUGUGCAAUAUGAAGUUUUUCACAGUCAAUUAUAAGCAUGUAAAAAAUAAAGUUUCCUUCAGCUAUCUGGCCACCUGGGUCUAGUGUAAUUUCGCAUCAGUUUCCCACAUUACCUUCAUUCUUUUUAGUUAAAUAAUUUCAUUGUACUAUUAAUAACAUAUGUGUUAUUCUAGUAUUAUUUUCUUAUCUUUUCUUUUUUCUGGGGGGUGCUUGAUUUUGAUUAAAAAUCUUCUUGUUAUUCCUUAAAAGUGACUAUUUUCGUGGUUUUAUGUCUUCAGGAGCUGGCACUAUUUUGUAGAAUGUAUUGCUCUUUUGUCAUUGCUCGCUGUUGCAAGGAGGAGAUGCGUAGUGCCAAUGAUUCUAUUUCCAGUCUUUUAAGCUUUGUGAUGCUAGAUUUAGAAGGAGGUGCAUUUGGAAUGUGGAUACGUUUGAUUGAUAGAUAGCAAGAUGUGAAUGGUUAUUUGAUAGGUUAAGAUGGAUUGUAGAAGUCAUAGUCAAAGGAGCAAGAAACAGAGUGUUACAAUUUUCUUUUAGCUUGUGUGAUGAGGCUGAGUGGUUUUAAUUAGUUGUUUGGGAAAAUAUGUGUUAGUUAAUUCUAAGUCAAGCUAGAAAGAUAGGAGACAUUUAGCAUAGAAGCAGAGUGUAGACAAUACCAAAAGGUGAUUAAACUAGGAUUCAUCUUAAUAUUUGUUGAGCAGUACAGUCUGCCGAUAUUUGGGAUGGGUUUGCCUCAAAUGACAACUAGUAGUGUUGCUGAGGAAGUUGCAGCAUCCCUGAGCACACUGGUACAGUCUCCCCAGAGGCUGUCUGGUCUCAGCCCCUAUGAUAUGAACGGAGGAAUGCAUGGAACUAAUAUGAGCAACUUCAUACCUGGAAGUUUCCCAUGUGCUUCUUUGGGAGAUUUUCAAGGGAGACCUGUUGUGGAUUUUCCAAAAGAAGCAGAUUAUACUGUUGUACAUAAAGAUUCUACUGAUACUUAUGGGUUGAAGAUUGGGCACACAGAUCAAAAGAGCUUGUUCAGUAAUAAGAACAAAGGCCCUAUUCAGAGUCCCAUGUUGAGGGUUGUUGGUUUUGAUUCUAAGAUGUUAGAUGCUUCUCAGAGUGGAUUAGAAAGCAAUAAAGCUGAUUCUGCUCAUCCGUUGACUGUGGUGAGCGAUGUUAGUAAUGCAACCGGCACAAACAAAGCUGCCGCGCGAAAGAGGUUGUUGUCUCCACUGAAUUCUAUGCUAAGUUCAGAUAAAUUUGAUGGUGAUUCCUUGUGCAUUGGUGAUAGUGCUUAUCAACGGAAUUCACAGGAUGGUAGUGGGAGUUCACACGAGAAUAAGAAAGCUCAUAUAGUUAGCUCACGUACUGUGGAUGCUUCUGUUUGGUAUCCAUCUAGCCCUUUGGUAGGAAGUACUUCACCUAAUGACAAUUUUAGGUCAAACUCCAGCAUUUUCACUGAUGGCCCUUUGCUCGAGAACAAGCAUCUGGCAAUUCAUAAAUCUUAUUUGCCACAUUACAUAUCCAACUCUUUUGGAAGGGGAGAAUUUUUUGGGCCUCUGAAAGCACCAGUCUCAGCAUCUUCAGAAACAGGUGCUUCACCUCCGUUAUCACUGUCCCCUCUUGGUCCAAAAUUUCAUGGGAGAAAGCUAUCUGCACCUAAGAUCAACGUUUGUAGGAAAGAGUCCAAUGUUGAGUACAUAACCUUCAAGGAGGUCGAGAACUCACUUGAUUGGAGUAUCCCUCAAACGUUUUCUCCUAAAAAUAAGAACAUGACCAUGGAAGGGCCUGAUUUAUUGGAUAAUGCAGAUGAUCAGUUUAGUCCUGUAAAGUCUGCUGCUAUUCCGCAGUGUUGGACUCAUGAAUCAAUUUAUUCUUCGCCAAGUACAAAAUUGACCAGGAAUUUUACUGGUUUGCCUGUUAGGAGGUCUUUGGUUGGCUCCUUUGAGGAGUCCCUCUUGUCCGGUCGUUUGGCAUCCACAUACGUCAGCAAGACAAUUAAAGGAUUCCUUGCUGUACUCAGCAUAACAGGGGGGAGUUUUUCACCAAAGGCAAAAAAACUUCCAUUUGCAGUUACGAGUGUGGAUGGGGAUAAUUACUUGCUUUAUUAUUCUUCAAUAGACCUUGCAGGGAAUUCGCCAUCAGGCAAGCCUGGAAAAUUAAAAAUGAAAAGGAGUCUUAGUCUUAAUGAUUCACCAUCAGAGCAAAGCCGCAUGCGUAUACCUAUGAAGGGGCGAAUACAACUGGUCUUGAGUAAUCCUGAAAAAACGCCUGUUCAUACGUUCCUUUGCAACUACGAUUUGAGCGAUAUGCCAGCUGGUACAAAGACAUUUCUCCGCCAAAAGUCAUCUCUUGCCUCAUCUGAAAAGGCUUCGCCAAGAAAUGGAUGUGAUAAGGAGGCAGAUGAUGCUAAGCUUUUCAUGGCGCCGAACAAUUUAAAUGAUCUGCCAAGAGUAAAUUUGCUAAACCAGAGAACGAAAGUGAUGGAAACUGAAGGUCUUUGCCACCAUCAUAUUCUGGAAUCCUGUUCCUCUGAAUUCAACUUUUCAGGGGAUCCAGGAUGUGAAAUUGGGGUAUUGAACACUGGCCAUCUGCCUGGAAAAAAAUCAAAUAGUCCUGUAAAGGUUAAUAAUAGUGCCAGUGGCAAUGGUGUUUUACGUUACGCUCUUCAUCUUCGAUUUGUGUGUCCUCAUCCUAAGAAAACCUCAAAGUCUGUCCAAAGGUGCAAAUCUGAAAUAUCAUCUGCCCCCGAAAGGAAAAACACAAAUAUGGAAGCAGAACGAAGGUUUUACUUGUAUAGUGACUUAAAGGCAGUUUUUCCUCAACGUCAUUCAGAUGCUGAUGAGGGCAAGUUGAAUGUUGAAUAUCAUUUCCCAUCCGAUCCAAAAUACUUCGACAUCAGCAACUAAAGGUGCCUCGAAAACAUGUUUGUCUUGUACAUAACUCAACUUGUACAUUUGAACACUACUGAAAGCAGAGCCAUUAUUCUGCUACAUCUGUACAGUACUUUGGUUUUCAGUAUUCAUUAUUCUGUGCAGUUAUGUUCCUAAGUACUAA